AUGAAGAUCCAAAUUGUGCUGUGCGUAGUGUUGGUGGUUCUGUGCGCCAUCGUGUCCGCGGCGGAGGAAACGAGCACGGACCGAAUCAAGCGUCACGGAUAUCCGGGCUUUGGAGGUGGAUACGGAGGAUAUGGUCACGGAUAUUCGGGCUUCGGUGGUGGAUAUGGUGGAUAUGGUGGACAUGGAUAUCCGGGCAUUGGAGGAGGCUAUGGACUGUACGGUGGACACGGAUACGGAGGUUACGGAGGUCAUGGAUUUGGACAUGGUCACGGUUAUGGCGGACAUGGCUACGGCGGUUAUGGUGGAUACGGAUACGGUCAUGGUCAUGGUGGCUAUCCUGGUUUCGGUGGAGGAUUCUUCGGCUAA